AUGGAGUUCCUGACCGAGGCCGAAACUGAUUUUACCGACAUGAUCGAUCAGGCCAUGGAUGCAAGGAAGCUGGCUUGUGUUGUUCCUUGCCGAACAGAAAAGCCGCUCUCUGUGGAGGUCGACUGGGAUCUCUGGAAGAUUUCAAGCGCCCCUUUAAGGGAUAUCGAACUGAUCAAAGCUUGCUAUGUGGAUUAUCGGUGUACGGGGAUGCUGCUUUGCUACACGGACAACAAAAGAUGCAUCCUAGGCCAGUGGUAUGAAAGCACCCGCAUGCAGCCGGAUAUCCAAGAAAUGUUCCUGCAGCAUGAUGAAAUACUUCGAUUUUAUUUCGCACGCGACGAUCAAAACCAGCUUGUCACUCAUGUCAAGGCCCUGCCGGACACUGCGCCCGUUGAAACAGAAGUAGUUUCGAUUGACAUAGUGGAUGGUGAUGAAAUCAUAUGGAUGUUUUCAGGCGAUCAUGAUAUCAUAUACAAUGGCUCUGAGUAA